AUGAAGCCAGUAGAGACACCUAGUCCCGAUACGGCGAACACCAUCGUCAGUCUUGAUGGCGGCGGGUACACAACUUUAUAUCUCUUAUCCCGGGAGCCGAGAACUACACCGACAGUAGGCAUCAAUUAUGACACCAGCAAGUCAAUCUCAAAUAUGAACGGGCACUUCGAUCGAGCGAUAGUAUUGAUAUAUCUCAGGCAUUUUGUUGGGAGGAGAGAAGGCGGUAAAUCCUUUCUUCUUUAUAUGGAAGCUGGAAGAGCAUUUAACCGGCCGAUAUGGAGUGGACUAGAGCCGGUUGAUUUCCGAUCACGAAGCGCAACGAUCCGUGAAUGGCUCACCGAAUGCGAAACGUCCCAUCCAAACUGUCGGAAAUCCCCGAAGCCAGACGUCCAGUUAGCAACACGUAUACUCGAUGUCCAAGAGCUUGAAACUGACCGUUACUCGGUCAACCUCAUUUCAACUAAAGGAAUUGAUUUGUACAGUAGACCUUACAUCGCUCUGACUCAUGUAUGGGGCGGUAUAGAGCUACCUUGUAAGACGACUAAGAGCAAGAUAGCGAAAUACUAUGACGGUGGCAUCGAUUUCGAUAGCCUCCCAAAGACCUUUCAAGAUGCCGUUCGCCUUACCGUAGCUAUUGGGUUUAGGUACCUUUGGAUAGACAGUUUGUGUAUCAUCCAAGACGACACCGAAGAUUGGCAGCGAGAGAGUGCCAAGAUGGCAGCAAUCUAUGGUGCAGGUACUAUUACUCUCUCUGCAACUAGUGCUGAAAACAGCUAUGGAGGAUGUGGUCUAUCUCCAAAGAUUCGGUCCGUAACUCGAUUUUGCAGUACUGACCACGGACGCCCUUACUUUGCCGCCAAGGCAAGAGAUACAUCUCGUGAUGGACGGAUAGACACCAUUGAAAUGCAGCUGCGUGAUGAACCAGUCCACAAAAGAGCAUGGAUACUACAAGAGCAAAUUCUCUCGCGUCGGAUUCUACAUGCUACCUACUCUCAAUUUGUGUGGGAAUGUAACUCAAUCAGUGAAAGAGAAGAUGGCACAGCGUACGAUGAGAAAACACAUUUGCCUCCAGAAAAAUCAUGGCGUGCCAGGAGUAGAGGGUUUUCACAAAAGAUGCGCGAUAUUGGCAGUGGCGGACUGGAUGUCUUUGAGUUCGAGAGGAAUUGGUGGCAUUGCGUAGCCGAUUACAUGAAGCGCUCCCUCACCCAUACAAGCGAUCAAUAUGCUGCACUGGCUGGCAUUGUACAAUUUCAUCAAGAUAUUGCCGGUAAUAGACCAAUUGUAGGUCUAUGGGAGCGUGAUCUAGCUCUCCAUCUGGCAUGGAAAGUAUAUCACGACCCUCGUGAACAUAAAAUCACUCCAUUAAAACGAGCUAAUUGCCGACCAAGUUGGACAUGGAUGUCUUUUCCUCAUGGCAGUGUCACGAUCAAUCCACCAAUAGAUUGGACACAACUCAUAUUUGAAAAACCAAGAGUAGGAGACUUGGGUAUCGUGUAUCAAGCCAAAAUUCUGAACACAGAUAUAAAAUGGAGCGGUGAACCGCUGACAUCUGAUCCAAGUGGUAGCACCAUCAAGAUUCGCGGUUUGAUGCGUCGCAUGCGAAAGCCCAAGCCAUAUCGGACAGCAAUGGAUAGUCGGCUACGCCUGGAUCCAGGAGUUACUGAUGAGGGCGGGGAGUGUGGCGAAUACGACACGUUUGCUCUUUUCGCCUACGUGCGCAGUGCCGCCUUGAUCAAUCUACCGCCUACCAUCACAACGGCACUCUUGGUUGUUCAAGCAAUCGGCCCAGAAGAAGAGGGUUUCUAUAGGCGCAUUGGGGAGCACGAGUUGAAUGGGGAUUUCGAUAUGGAUGGUAGCCCAGAUUAUGUACCUGAGGGUGUCCAGAGGGACAUCACGCUUAUCUGA